AGAUCGCAUGCCAGCAGAGAGAGUGCUUUGAUGAUUGUGCUCAAGUUUACCUGGCUGCUUUACUUUUUCGUCUCUCCGGCGCUGGUGAUCAUGACCAACCGGCUCAGCGAGAAGCGGCAGGUGCAGUCGGCGCUGCAGGGCAUCCUCUCUGGCGUGGUGCUCAUGUUCCUCCAGCUGGCCAUCAACAGGCACCAGCUCGACGUCAGGGUGGUGGCCGUGCAGGUGGGCACCAGCGUCGUAAUGGGCUUCUCCAGCUACCUGAUGUACCAGCUGCACCAGUGGGCCUGGUACCGGCUGUUCAUCUGGACAUUCUUAGGCAUGCUGGUGUACACGCUUUACGGCUACCGCAAGUCGCACCUGGGGCGUGGCAUUGUUGACCUGGCCGUGGUGCCCCACGACGAGUGCGUGCGCAGCCUGGAGGGCGGCCUGGACAACGCCGGCUUCCAGCACGAGCUGGCCGAGCUGGGGGUGGGGCGUGGCCGACGCUCGCAGCGCAGCUUCGGCGGCCACAGCUACGGCAGCGCCCGCUCACGCCAGAAGGCGAGCUUCCACAGCGCCCGCGAGGACGGCGACGGCCGCGACAGCUUCCGCAGCGUGCGGGAGUCGGACGAGCGCGGCCAGAGCUUCGGGAGCAUCAGCAGCGCCCAGGGCUCGGGCGACCGGCCGGAUGGCGGGCGAAGGCGAUAUAGGCAGGAGAGCUUCCUCAGCCUGGAGGAGGGCAGCCAGCAGCUCUCUGAAGCUGACCAGAGCCGGGGCAGCUCACGGAGCGUCGAGAUCCUCAUCAACCCGCGCAGGCUGUGUGAGGAGAUGUACCUCUCACGCGCGCCACAGGCGCCGGUUAGCUCUGAGGAGAGUGUGGAGAUGCGACAGGCUGCCAGCGAGCUGGCUAGCGGUCAGAUGGCGGUCAAGGUCGGAUCCGGCGUCGGCGUCACGCCAGCCGAGCUUGAGCCUGAGUCGAGCGCACAGCUGUCCCUGUCUCUGUCGGACGUGUGGUACGACGACGACGACGAGCUGGCCUCUCAACCAGCUCCAACCACCUCGCCACCAGCUGAUUGA